CCUCCCGUCAUUUUUGUUUAUUGUAUUGUAUUGCACUGUUUGCGUAUCCGAAGAUUGUUUUAAUUGUUGUAAUAAUAUAGUGUAUUAAGAACAGUUGAUAUUAAAAUGCCUACAAACAAUUCCAUGCCAAGUAUUGCUUUAGAAAACGGAUUGGAUUUGAGACAACUUUGUACAACGGGUUCAAUACUUCACAUAAAUGAGGAUUUGGAAGAGGGUCACGGGUUAGAGACAGAGAGAGAAGAUGUUCGGAUUUUUCACCACAUUGGGAAGCCAGUAAAGUGCUUAAAAACCUUAGAGCAGCAAUUGACACCAGUGGAUCCGGAUGGUUGCGUCAAAAAGAAGAUUCUGGAGCAAGGCGGUGGUUUCCCACUCCACGAGGGUUGCACGGUUCACAUAGCUUAUACUGGAUUUUGGGAAGAUGUGGAAGAACCUUUUGAUGUUCGGAAAAUGCACAAGCCUUUGAUAGUGGAUUUAAAGGACAAUGAUUUGUUGCCUGGUCUACAAACCUCUGUCAAGUCUAUGCUGGUUGGGGAAAUGUCAGUCUUUCUCCUAUCCUACAAAGUCAUGUUCGGGGAGUUUGGAGUCCCGCCUCGGAUAAAACCGAAAGCAGACUGUGUGUUCUACAUCAAACUCAUUAAGAGUAUUCUGACUCCGGCUGAAGGGGAUAUAAACUACACCGAGCCAAACAUGUUUCAGCGGGUAUUCAGCCAAGUGACAAAGCUCUACAGUUCUGGCGUAACAUUACACAAGUCCAAAAACACCAUGGCUGCAGUCCACCUCUUCAGAAAAUCAAUAGCCAUGUUGCACAAAUGUCGGUUAGCUGAUGAAGAAGAGGAAAAAAAACAAGAGAAAAUGCUGGUUAAAUUGUAUUUGAACUUAGCUAUUUGUUCUAAUGCUUUGGAACAGCCAUUAAAGGCCUGCAUUGCUUGCAAUGAACUUAACAGACUGGAAAGCCUCUGGAAUAACAGCAAAGCUCUUUUCCAACAUGCCAAAGCCCUACGAAUGAUCGGCCAGUACGAUGCAGCAGAAAAAAGACUGCUCAGAGCACAGAAAUUAUGUCCGGACAAAACUGAGAUUAAAGAAGAAUUAUUAUUACUUGAGAAGACUAGAACUCUGUGUGAUCAGAAUAAACUGUUAGCUAAGAAUUUCGUUCACCCAUCCCUCGAAUUAGUCAGCGAAGAUUUCAAAAAAGAAGUUGAUACAUUAAUAAAGAAUUUUAAGGAGAAUGUUAAUUUGUGCAAACUUACACUCCCGGGUGGUUUGAAUUCUCAAGAAGUCAAAUAUGUCAGAGAGGCUUGUAUAAGAGAAAAUUUGUUUUGCAGUAGAAUAGAGCAGGAUUUGGCAUUAGAUAAAAGUAAUGAAAAAGAAAUUGAGGAAGGUGAAUUAGGAUUGUCAGUUUGCCCGGAUACCAAUUCCAGUGAAUCAUAAUCAGGUAAGUUUUUUGUGUUUGGCGAUUUGUCUCUAUUCUAAUUAUGAAUGUAUUUGUACGAUAUUUUGGAAAACCAUGAUUGAUGCAGUCGGGAAAAGUGUUAUGCAAUGUCAACAAGUUGUUUAUAUUCUUCAAAAUACGAGAGAUUGAUUUUGAUGACGAAUUUCAAAGAUUUGAUUUGAACAAAAUUAUUAAGUUUACUCAUACAUAUUUUGUUAAACUAUUUUCAAGUUUUAUACGUACUAAAAUAAAUAUCUCAAAAUCUUAA